CGGUAGCCCAGCGGCGGAGCUCCAUCGGAUUGUUUGCUGACCGAGGUUUGAAGCACUCAGCGGAGCGAUGUUAAACCUAUCAAAUGUGCGCGCUUGAAACACGCUUCUACGCGCUCACUUCCCUGGACUAAAACUGCAACUCUAGCUCCUGCUUCGUUUCAAUAACGUCAACCCAAAGAGUUACCAGCAGCAGGGGUUAGGAGCUAGGCGCAAACCCCUGAUCCUUCUUUGCCUGCGAGCCUUUCGACCCUAUCUGUGCACAAUGAGCAACAAGCUGCACCCUCCACUGAUGAAGAAGCACAGCCAGACAGACCUGGUUAGUCGCCUGAAGACCCGCAAGAUCCUGGGAGUGGGGGGAGAGGAUGACGACGGCGAGGUCCACCGCUCCAAGAUCAGUCAGAUGCUGGGCAAUGAGAUUAAGUAUACAGUGAGGGAGCCUUUCGGAAUCAGGUUGUGGAUCCUCAUCUCAGCAGUGACAUUCUCUGUCAUGGCACUGGUGGCCUUGGUGUUCCCCAAUCAGCUCUACGAAGUCGUCUUCGAGGAGGAGCUCUCGACGACAAACAUCUCCAUCCGGCUCUACGGCGGGGCCCUUCUCAGUCUGUCCCUCGUCAUUUGGAACGGGGUCUACACGACCGAGAAGGUCAUUAUCCAGUGGACUCUGCUCACCGAAGCCUGCUACUUUGCUAUUCAGUUUCUAGUGACGUUCAUUACCCUGGCGGAGCUCGGGGUCAUGCCCAACACUGCGGUGCUCCUGCUCCUCAGCCGGCUGCUGUUCUUGGUGGUGACACUGGCCUACUACUACCACCUGGGACGCAGGAACAAGAAGAUGUGAUGCCGCCUACUCUUUGCUUGUGGAGGACACAGUUGAGCGCUGAUUUUUACACACACGCAGAGAUGCACGCACACAUCUACACACACACAUGCCUGAUCACACCUACACGCACAUGCACACGCUUGCACGCACACAUCUACACACAAACACAUGUGCGCACAUACGCAGGUAGGCACCCACCUGCACACACACGUACUCAAGCACACACCUAGACACACAUUCACAAACACAACUACACACACGCACGCACACGCACAUACUUACCCACACACACAGACGAGUGUUGCUUGGAUGAUUUCUGGUCCGACGCCAUUGGGGGGGACUUUGAACGCCCAAUUCAACAUCGCCACCAAUCACAGCACGGCACUGAUCAGGAGGUGGCGUUUGACCUCAUGGUCAUGGUGAACGAUCUCUUGGUGGACCAUGAGAGCAAUGCGAACACACUGCUCCUCUGUGCAGGUCCCCGGCCUAGGUUUGAUGUUGUAAAGCGUUUGCUAGAUGUUUAUAUCGAAGUUUCCUUUGUCCUGGUCAUUUAGUUUGCUAUGAACGUGGCGUAAUUGCAUAGCGGGUCCAAUGGCUUAUGUUGUACACAGAAUGUUGAGCGGUUUCGCUCUGGCUUUGGGUUGGGACAACAAUAAUCAUGUUCUGUCCCAGAGCUCAUGUUUACUGGGAGCUGUUGGCUGGAAACUGGUUUUACAAAAGCAUGGCUUCCAGCAGCAUUUUUCGAAGACCAAUUGUUGUGUGCUGUAAUGUUUGUAUUCCAUUGACCGUGUUAAAGAUUAGUAGUAUUAUUAUGGGCACUAAGAUAAAGCAUAAACAACCGUUCUCCCAUUUCCCUUUCAACGCUUCAAACCAUACACAGAUAUGGACAGUGCAUAUUCUAAUAGAUGUGUCUCAAAUGCAACGUAAUAGCUCCUGUAAAACAAAAAUGAGGUCCAAACAGACAAAGGUCUUUGUUGAUAUUUAAGCACCAAAGUAGCAUCAGAUCCAAUGGUCUGAUACAAAAAUGUUGAACAUAUUUUGCAGGUUCUUAAUCUAACAAGUUCUACAAUUAAUCGAUGAGCUGCUUUUAAUUUGGCUGUAUCAAAAGAAACUGCGUCCAAAAAUGUAUUAAACUGGUCAGAAGAUUAUAGGCCUGCCCUUGAUCAUUCUGGUUUUAUAACAACAAUAUUGGCUAAUGUCACAAGCCGAGCAUGCUGAAUCCUAGUUCCAUAUCCUUUCAUGUAGCAUUGUUUUUUUCACUCACCACAUAUCUUAAGCCCUGCCUUAAAACCAUUUCAAGAAACAUUCUUAUUUCCUGUAAAUAUGUAAGUACAAUACAGUAUAAUACCGCAUUGGUGUCCCUUGAGGCAGAACAGGGAAUUUGUAUAUUUACAGUCUGAAUAAUCACACUUGGAAAUUGUUUUAUUGAUAGUUUUGUGUCAGCAGGAGUCUGUUAUUUAAACCUAUUUGAUUGGCAUUUGUGUUUUAGAUGUUACAAUAUUUGGAAUGCCAUGUACUUCACUGUAUACAGAUAUUUAGCGGAGUUUAAAGCCAACGACACAACCACACUAUUAUCAGAAGAAGUGGUGAAUAUCUACUGUUUAUGUAAUGGUAGUGAGUAGACAAAUUAGAUUUGGAGAAAUGAAACGCAGAAUAUCUUUAUUAAUUUAAUAUUAUGCUGUGUUAAUUAAGCUUCUUGCAAACAUGUGCUUUAUUCCUAACAGUGUUCUCCAGUGAUUUUACUUUUACUUUUUUUUUGUUAAACACUACCUCCCAAUAUAGCCCCAUUCUCCAAACCCAUCCCAGCAAGUUUAUGUUUUAGCAGGACAGGACAGCGCACCAAGCCAGAGUUGGACUUUGACUUCAUGUUGAACACAAAGGUCGUUUCAACUGCCAGUCCUUUGCUCAAAGGGAGUAGUCGGACUGGGUUUAACUCCCUCAACUCAGGGUAGCUGUGGGUUUGCGGUUGAGUUUUCUCCUGCGAGCAAGGCAGCCGUGCCUACUACUUGAUCCAGCGCACGGGGCCGACCCAGGACAGGAGGAACAUGGGUGAAGUCUCCCCAUGUUCCUACAGGGUAGCAAUUACUCUCUUUUGGCUGCUAUUUAAUUAGACACACACGGGUCGUCUGACUGACAUCGUACGUCCCGGCCGGCCCGCCCUGUCCCUCCAUGGCAUAAUUAUGCCUCGGAGUUAAAUGUCGUCCAUGGUCUCCAAUCAUCGACCGGCCCUAAUGUAAUGUUUAAAUUACAGGGGAUCGGAGGGUCGGUUCCUCUUCAGGAUUGAAAGAAGAGAGAGGUCUCCCAUAUGGGCCUGCCUAUUUCAUUUUGGGAUAUUAAUCUGUGCCCCUCGUUUUUUUUAUUUUUCAAAUUGACAAGAGUCAAAUCUAUGAUUAAUCAAGCUCCAUUUUAUUAUUUUGAUUAAUCAGUUCUGAUGUGAAUCCAGUCGGUAGGGUAUUGUGUGCAACAAAUCAGGUGGAUUUGUUUCAUAAUGUAGCAUCUUGGUGUUUGGUCUUUAUUGUACUACACAUAAAAAAUGGUUGAUUGAUAUGGAAUUCCAGUAUUUAGUUUGAAAUAAAGAAAACCACUGUUUAUUUUGUAGACUCUCAAAA